ACGUUUUCAAUUCCUUUAAGCGUUUAGGGUCCAUCCCAUCAAGUAAACGUCACCGAAUCGAAAGAAGCCACGAAAAAGGUUCCAAUAUCGCCGUGGUCGCUUCUGCACUCAGAAUAGAACAACGACAAACCCCAAAUUCAUAGAUCGAACCUUCUCAAAACCCUAAUUCCACCGCGAAAUUAUUUUCCUUCAACCAGAUCUCAAUCCCAUGGCCAAUAAAGAGUUCAAAGUCCCGCCGGUGGCUUUCCCCUCCGCCGGAAAUCCCGGCGGCGCGGCACCAAACAUCCAGCAGCGGCGCAUGCCCGCGCCGCCCUUCCAACCGAACUCCGGCAUUCCAUUCAUGUCCUUCGACAUAGGCUCCGCCACGGCGUCCACCUCCUCGGGACCAAUCUACACCGGCCCCUCUAUUGGGGGCGGUGGCUCCGCCAACUUCGACGAUGAGGAGCCCCUUCUCGACGAGCUCGGGAUCCACCCGGACCAAAUCUGGAGCAAAAUCAGAUCUGUUCUGAAUCCGUUUCGCGUCAACCACACGGUUCACAAAGACUCGGAUCUAUCAGGUCCAAUCCUCCUCUACAUGUCAUUUUGCCUCUUCCAAUUGCUCGCGGGAAAGAUCCAAUUUGGCGUGAUCCUGGGCUGGAUCGUUGUCUCUUCCAUUUUCCUUUAUUUCGUUUUCAAUAUGCUAGCCGGUCGAACAGGUAAUCUCGACCUGCACACCUGCACCAGUGUCGUCGGUUACUGUAUGUUGCCGGUGGUUAUUUUCUCCGCGCUCUCGCUCUUCUUACCGGUCGACGGGGUCAUUCGCCUUUCGGUCGCUGCGAUUUUCGUGCUGUGGGCCACGAGGGCUUCCACGGGUCUCGUCGUGUCGCUCGCUGAUGGCGGUGAUGAACAUCGAGGAUUGAUUGCGUUAUUGGUAAAUCUUCUUGCAAUCACGGUGUUUGUAUGUGACUGAGUGGUGCUAGAACGAAGCUCACAAGUUAUUAGCAAGCGAAUCGUGUGCUUAUCUAAAUUAGAGGUGGGUGUGCUUAGGUAAAUGAUAAACUCAUACAAUAUUACUAGUAUUAUUCUCCAAUUAGAAUUAGAGUUGGAGUUUCGCUUAAGUAAUCCACGUAAUAAAGGAUUUUGUACCGAGGUGACACUCCAAAUUGAACUAGAUAAAGAUACUAUCCAUACUAUAGUACUACAUCUAAGUUUUGUCUUUUAGGUAAAUAGCUUAAUCAGCAGCUGUUGAGCUGUUUGGUGUAAACAACUUGUACUUGUUUAUAAGUUAAUUUUUGUAAAGAGGAAAUAGGGUCAAAUUUUUUUCA